AUGGCCGUACUGGUAGCUCUCUUCUGCCUUGUCACAUGGGCACUAUGUACUCGCAUACCGCAGUAUUCCACGCAGGGGACACAACAGCUGCAACAACCGGAAAAGACACCUCACCCUCAUCCUCGGCCUGAAGACCCUUUCCCACCCACGCAUGCGGCUGACUUUAAAAUCCAUGACCCGAGCAUCAUCCACGUCGAUGGCACGUACUACUCGUACAGUGUGGGCAAGCAUAUUCGCAUCCACCAGGCCCCCAGUCUCGACGGGCCGUGGAAACGCACCGGUACCGUCCUCGACGCGGACAGCGUGAUCCCCAAGGGCGACCGGAAAGCCCCCUGGGCGCCGCAGACCGUCCACCACGGCGACACGUACUACUGCUUCUACGCCGUCAGUAACUCCGGAUGCCGUGACAGUGCCAUUGGCGUCGCCACAUCCAAGUCCCCCGGUCCUGGCGGCUGGACGGACCACGGGCUGCUCGUGCAGUCCGGGACAGGGAAGGGCUCGGAUGAACACCCGUUUGCUAGCUCCAAUACCAUCGACCCGAGUGUGUUCGUUGGAGAGGACGGUCACGGAUACCUGAUGUUCGGGAGCUUCUGGUCGGGCAUCUGGCAGGUACCGCUAGACGAAACCCUGCUUUCGGUGGCAGGCGACACGAGAUCCGAGGCACGACAGCUGGUGUAUAUGGAGAAGGCGCCGCUGCCGGCGAGCAAACAUCCCAACCCGCUGUGCCGGGAGCCGUCGGGUGCCCGUCCCAUUGAGGGAAGUUUUCUCUCAUACCAUGAGCCCUGGUAUUAUCUCUGGUUCAGUUACGGGAAGUGCUGCAAGUUCGAUACGAAGAAUCUACCACCUCCGGGAAGAGAAUAUAGCAUCCGAGUUGGUCGAUCGAAGAGCCCCCGGGGGCCAUUCGUCGAUAAGCAAGGCAGGGACCUAGCUAACGGCGGCGGAGAGAUCGUAUAUAUACACCACAUCUAUACACCCUCAACCCUGGUUGCCCAGUCUAUCUCUACCGACACAAAGCGCAAACAUCACCCAAUGAACGCCGGCAUCUAUCACCCACAACAUGCCCAUCUAAAGUACAUCAACGCCCUCUUGUCUACCACCGUCUAUUCCGACCUUAGCUCAAACUCACCCCUCUUCCACCCUGUUCCCUUCACCACGCUUGUCCGCACUCGACUCUCGCCCCCUCACCUUCCCACUAUUCCCCUUCUUCGUCGUCCUCAACGGCGACAACAAAGGCGACGAAAUAACCCUCACAGACACAGCCACACCACCCCCGCCGGCAGCACUCUCAUCAACCGAACCCUGCCUCCCAGGAACAGCCAACGACGCCCCCUGUCCCCAUUUCCCCUCUUCCCCCCGACAAUCCCACUGCGCAUGCUUCCCGUCACGCAGACGCAGCGGGCCCUCCUCCCCCUCAACCUCAAACUCAAGACUAGGGCCGAGAUCCAGGACGCUGAUCUCGCUAUCGCUGAGGAGGAGACUCCUCCGUCGAGAAGGGUAUUGGUGGGCGUCUAG